UUUUUUUUUUUUUUCCGGUGCUGGGGACCGAACCCAGGGCCUUGCGCUUGCUAGACAAGCGCUCUACCACUGAGCUAAAUCCCCAACCCCUCAGAGCGGUCUGUGCUCUUUUUCUUUCUUCUUCUUUUUUUUUUUUUUUUUUUUUUGGAGCUGGGGACCGAACCCAGGGCCUUGCAAGCGCUCUACCACUGAGCUAAAUCCCCAACCCGCAGUCUGUGCUCUUAACCGCUAAGCCAUCUCUCCAGGCCAUGCUUGUCUUUUAUUUUAUCCAUCUUACCACUGUGCUUUCUAUGUCUUUGGACAGUUUUUCUCCAGAGAUUCCCAGUAAUGGUCCUGGAAAGCCCCGAGAAAUGACAUCAUCCUUUCAGAAAACACACACCUAUUUGGCUCCUCAUUUCUUAUUUUUCUUCGGACACUCUAUCCUCUUGCCCUGUUUUUUGUCCAUAAUAGUAAGCCCAGUCCAAAAUGACCUCAUUCACUGUGCAUGCUCGAUAGUUACCUAUCCAACAGAACCACAGUUUUUAUUUAUCUAGCUCUUUCAGGUGCCUAUCAGUGUCUUAAGCACUUUACACACUUUCCCACAACUCAUAAGGUAGGCAUUUUUUUAGUAUUUUAUAGAUGAGGUACCUGCCGUUCACAGAGAUGAAGGGGCUUCCCUUGCAAAAGCAUCUCAUUUGCUAACAAACUCCCAGGACACCUGCUGUGGAAGCUCUCCAGGAAAGUGGAACACAGAGUCUUUGGGCUUUACCCUUGAUCAAUCAAUCAACGGUUUAACAAGAUUCCCAGGUGAUUCCUAACAAAGUUUAAAUCAUGGACAAAUUAAUUUUCUUAAGUAACACCUCUUACAGUAAGUAGAAACACACAGCUCUCUCCAGUAACCCCAGAAAACCAAUCAAGACCAGACUUUUCCCUGUUGGCUUGAUAAACAAGAAUCUACGUGGUUUUGGGACGCCCCCUCCCCACUUCUCCCCGCUACACCCCAAGAUAACCAUGGGCAUCUUUUCAUACAUGGCGCCUUUGAACUUUGAAGACUCUGAAGGGAAAAUACUCUGAAGGGGAGGAGUUAUAAGAUGGAACAGAAAACCCAGUGAUUAAGAGUGCCUGCCCAAAACAAACCUCGCCUUCUACCCUGAAGGAAAAUGGCACUCGCAAUAUAUGCAGUUCCGGUUGCGGAGCAACAGCCAAUAGGAGAUCCGAAUCACCGGAAGUAUCCGCCCCCAGCCCCUCCUUUGGGCUCCUCCCCGCUCUCCGGCGGACGAGACAGCCAGGGAACUGUGGCGGAGCAGUGGUUGCUGGGUGACAGUCGGGAGCUGGGACGGAAUGAGUGACCGCUGGCGGGUGGCGACGCCCGGGGUGACCUUCGAGCUCCGGACAGGCGCAGCGCGAGCGCCCUGACGGCAGGGCCGGGCAAGAACGACCGGCGGCCAGCCUGUGGGAAGGCCUGUCCAGGUAGGAAUCCAGCCGGCUGGGCAGGCUUACGGCCCACGCGGCUUCCUCUCCCCACGCACCUCCUCCGCGCCGUCAGUUCAGGAUUCUGGAGGGAGCCACCCUCCUGAUGACCUCGGCGCUACGUUUGCCGGCAUUAGUGUGUGAUCGUUUUUGGUGGCUUUUCAUGGGAGCUUCCAGAACUGAAGAUUGGGCCCCUCACAUGCUAGGUGCAUAAUGGCAGAAACCGUAUCUCCACUGAAGCACUUCGUGCUGGCAAAGAAGGCCAUCACUGCGAUCUUCGGCCAGUUACUGGAGUUUGUUACUGAGGGCUCACAUUUUGUUGAAGCAACAUACAGGAACCCGGAACUUGAUCGGAUAGCAACCGAGGAUGAUCUGGUGGAGAUACAGGGCUACAGAAACAAGCUCGCUGUCAUUGGGGAGGUGCUGUCUCGGAGGCAUAUGAAAGUGGCAUUUUUUGGCAGGACAAGUAGUGGCAAGAGCUCUGUCAUCAACGCAAUGCUGUGGGAUAAAGUCCUCCCCAGCGGGAUUGGUCACACAACCAACUGCUUCCUGAGUGUGGAGGGAACUGAUGGAGAUAAAGCCUACCUUAUGACCGAAGGGUCAGAUGAGAAGAAAAGCGUGAAGACUGUUAAUCAGCUGGCCCAUGCCCUCCAUAUGGAUAAAGACUUGAAAGCUGGUUGUCUUGUGCACGUAUUUUGGCCCAAAGCAAAAUGUGCCCUCUUGAGAGAUGACCUGGUUUUAGUAGACAGCCCAGGUACAGAUGUCACCACAGAGCUGGACAUCUGGAUUGAUAAGUUCUGCCUUGAUGCUGAUGUUUUUGUUUUGGUGGCAAACUCGGAAUCAACGCUGAUGAACACGGAGAAACAUUUUUUCCAUAAGGUGAAUGAGCGGCUCUCCAAGCCAAACAUUUUUAUCCUGAAUAAUCGUUGGGAUGCUUCUGCUUCAGAGCCAGAAUAUAUGGAGGAUGUGCGCAGACAGCACAUGGAAAGAUGUCUUCACUUCUUGGUAGAAGAGCUCAAGGUUGUGAGUCCUUUAGAAGCUCGGAAUCGGAUCUUUUUUGUUUCAGCCAAGGAAGUUCUCAACUCCAGAAUGAAUAAAGCCCAGGGGAUGCCAGAAGGUGGAGGGGCACUUGCAGAAGGAUUUCAGGCAAGAUUACAGGAGUUUCAAAAUUUUGAACAAACUUUUGAGGAGUGUAUCUCGCAGUCAGCAGUGAAAACAAAGUUUGAACAGCACACUAUCAGAGCUAAACAGAUACUAGACACUGUGAAAAACAUACUGGACUCAGUAAACGUGGCAGCAGCAGAGAAGAGGGUUUAUUCAAUGGAAGAGAGGGAAGACCAAAUCGACAGACUGGACUUUAUUCGAAACCAGAUGAACCUUUUAACAAUGGAUGUUAAGAAGAAGAUCAAGGAGGUCACGGAGGAGGUGGCAAACAAGGUUUCUUGUGCAAUGACAGAUGAGAUUUGUCGCCUGUCUGUUUUGGUUGAUGAGUUUUGUUCUGAGUUUCAUCCUACCCCCAGUGUGCUGAAAGUGUAUAAGAGUGAAUUAAAUAAGCACAUAGAAGAUGGCAUGGGAAGAAAUUUGGCUGAUCGGUGCACCAGUGAAGUCAAUGCCUCCAUUCUUCAAUCUCAGCAAGAAAUCAUUGAAAAUUUGAAGCCACUACUUCCAGCUGGUAUACAGAAUAAACUUCAUACAUUAAUCCCUUGCAAAAAGUUUGAUCUCAGCUAUGAUCUCAAUUGCCACAAGCUGUGUUCGGAUUUUCAAGAAGACAUUGUGUUUCGGUUUUCCCUGGGCUGGUCUUCCCUUGUACAUCGAUUCCUGGGUUCUACGAAUGCACAGAGGGUGCUGCUUGGGCUGUCAGAGCCUAUCUUUCAGGUCCCUAGAUCUUUAGCUUCAACUCCUACUGCUCCUUCUAACCCAGCAGCACCAGAUAAUGCAGCCCAGGAAGAGCUCAUGAUCACACUGAUCACAGGAUUGGCAUCCCUCACGUCUAGAACCUCCAUGGGCAUCAUAGUUGUUGGGGGCGUGAUUUGGAAAACAGUGGGCUGGAAACUCAUCUCUGUCACCUUAAGUAUGUAUGGAGCUUUGUACCUUUAUGAAAGACUGACUUGGACUACUCGUGCGAAAGAGAGAGCGUUUAAGCAGCAGUUUGUAAACUAUGCAACUGAAAAACUGCAGAUGAUUGUGAAGUUCACAAGUGCAAACUGCAGCCACCAAGUCCAGCAAGAAAUGGCCACCACUUUUGCUCGACUGUGCCAACAAGUUGAUGUUACUCAGAAACAUCUGGAAGAAGAAAUUGCUAGAUUAUCCAAAGAGAUUGACCAACUGGAGAAAAUACAAAACAAUUCAAAGCUCUUAAGAAAUAAAGCUGUUCAACUUGAACGUGAGCUGGAAAAUUUUUCGAAGCAGUUUCUCCACCAGAGCAGUGAAGAAUCCUAACAACAGAGGCACUGUAGGAGGACGCGGACUUGGAAGAUGGGAAGUGUUACUUUUAUGAGCCGACCUCAGUAAAAAUGACUGACUCUCAGUACCUAUGCCUUGCGGAGAUUGUGGUAAUGACCUGUCUCAGGGCUUGCACCGUUGGAAGUGUUGUGAUUGACUUAGCUUUAGUUUGGAGUAAAGACUGAGUUGUUCGGGUUAAAUGAUGAAUUCCUUUAGAAACAAUGGAACCUGCUUUGUGGCCCCUGAGGGUGGGUCCUGCAGCUCCUCACCAGGCUGUCUGUCUGUCUGCAGCUCUCAGUAGCUGCUUCCUGGCAUCCAGGAGUUAGAGACCUUUUCAUCCUCUUCCUCAGUGCUAGUUCUUGAUGCUUCUUUAAUGGGAAUAGUGACUUUGUCUAAAGCUGAUUUGUUCAAACCAGGGGUGUGGGCUGCACCUGGGGGUCCUACAGUUACUCUGUCCUCACAGCAAGGAUGUAACCACUACUGAACAGUUUUUACUUUCUUUUAUUCCCAUUAAAACUGAUGUGAAAUAGUAGCAAGGCCUGUCAUUAUAGCCACGCAUGAAGGAAGUGUCUGGGUCUGCUGUCCUGCUCUCUCUUUAGAAGCAUUUCAGCCUUGAGUCCUGCGAGGAGAACUUCUCUGCCUAAUGUGAAGUGGACGGUCUGAAGGGGUGAAAAUGGCCAGAGGGGGACAAGGCUGUGCUUGGGAUGUGGUGACAUCACCCACCAUGACAGUGGAUCCUUAGGAGGACUCUUACUGAGGCAUUGGGCCUGUCUCCAUUGGAAACUUUGAAUUACAAGAAUUUCCUUGGGCUCCAUUACAAAUUACCACUCUGGGUUAGUGGUUUAGGUUUAGGUUCAUGUAAAUGUCUGAUUGACAGUGGUAUGGAAAUACUUGUGAGUAGCAGGACAGGAUUAUUCUCUACCGCCACCCCCGGGGACACUGCAUUCCACUAUGGUGUCAAAGGUCAGCAUUUCGGGCUUCUUGAAAGCAGAGAAGUGGUUAGUAUGACUACAUUGAAGAGAGGGGCAAAGAGAUCCAGCAAACCGUCCACCUCCUUUCUUCCUGGAGCCUUUUCUCCUUUAGUCCUCAGCAUUUCUUUCCUACAGGUCUGUCCUCUCAAUAGGUACACCUCUUGUUGGUUGGUUGGUUAGUGUGAGACAGUGUUUCUCUACGUAGUGUUGGCUGGCCUGGAUGGAAUUUGUUCUGUAGAUCAGGCUGGCCUCAAUUGAGAGUUUCCUGACUCUGCCUCCUCAGUGCUGGGAUUAAAGGCGUGCCCAGCCCUAGAUGCACCUUAGUUUUAAAAUACUUGACCAUAGAGACGUUUCAGAAUUACUUAAUUCCUAUGCAGAUUGAGUGUUCAGUUGCAGUAUUCAAAUUUAAAUUCAACUGACUACCUUUUGCUUUUAUUGCUGAUUUUUAACACCCCCCACACCCCCCAACAGUACAGGCAACCAAGUGGGAUUGGCUGAAAAUUACAUGAAAAACUAGUAUCUAAAAUUGAGGUCUGCUAACCUAGGUUACAAAGUUAAUUAGCAAGCUACAGCUUGGUACUCUGGGUUAUCAACAUCACUUUUAACCGUGUAAGAAGUGUGGCUUAUCAAGCCUCAACACAGGUAUGGAAUCAAGUUGGGUCUGCAGCAAGCUUCAAGAAGCCGUGCAUUGCCGCCCUGUACUCUGAAUCUGUGGACCAGUGUCUGUGGUUCAGAGUGCUUUUCUUCCCUGGUUAAGAGCGUGGUUCCAGGUGAUGGAGGGAACACGUCCCGGUGCUGAGCCUGGAGUGUUGACAUGAGCAGCUCCUUUACCAGGCAAGAGUGACCUGUGGCUCGGGGCUCGGCAUCACAGACUGCAGUCAUGACUACUGCGCAUUAGUUGCAACACACAUACUUGAUGAUUUACUGUGUCUGUUUACAAUAUUUAUAAACUUUGUAUGAUCUUAAACUUUUACAAAACAUUUUUUAAGUAUGCAAGCUUCCAAGAUGAAAAUAAACGUAUCUGCCUAUUAGUUGAUAAAUGUA